AUGAAGCCAUCAACCACAGCAACAAGCUUCAUCUUUGGAGGCCACAUCGGCCCCCAGACCAAGACCUCACUGGGAAAAGAAGUCCGCAAGAUCGCCAACGGCCCAAAUGGAGGAUGGAUCCUCGACACCCUGGCCGGCAUGCCACGGUACUGGGAGGCCGUGACGGAGAAGAUCCCCGAAGUAGCCAGCACGAUGCAAGGCCCUCGCUUGCUGGCCGGUCUUGAAUCGUGGUUUCGAACCGGUUCUGACUCGGACGACUCGGACUCGCUGGCUCCAGACGCGGAGCUCCCAGAUCUUUGGCUCGGGAUCCUGAUGGUUGCCAUCCAGCUGGAUCAGUAUUGGCGCUAUCUGGAGAGCCGAUUCGCAGACACAGCCGUCGACGACCUACAGGCAGAGCUAGUCAAGGAGGAGAAGGUCGAGGCAGUUGGGUUCUGCGCUGGCAUGAUCGCCGCCGUCGCCAUUGCCAGCUCGCACACUCGACAAGAAUUCGAACAGUACGGCGCCGUGGCCCUGCGCAUCGCGGCCCUGAUGGCAGUCCUUGUAGGCGCCACCGAGGAGUGGACCAAAGCGACAGGAAAAGGCAGGUCGGUCUCGAUAGCCACAGCCUGGAGAACCCGCAAGCAGGGCGAGGAUCUGGCGCGCAUCGUCUCGAAGAUGUCUCCCGACGCCUAUAUCUCUGUUAUCCUCGACGACGCCCGAGCCACGGUGACAGUGUCAGAACGCCUCGCGCCCAAGCUGGCCCGGCAGCUCCGAGCAGCUGGCGUCACGGCCAUCCAGCUCGCGUUCAGGGGCCAGCUUCACUCCCCGACGGCAGAGCGCGAACGUCUCACCGAGGCUGUGAUUGAACUGUGCCACGCGAUGCCUGGGCUACAGUAUCCCGACGCUGCCCGGCUCGCACUGCCCAUCAAUCAAGUCGACGGUCACGAAACGGGCUUGGUGGGGAUGGUCCUGCGCUCUAUGCUGGUGAAGCAGUUGGACUGGACCAGCACUGCUUCCAAGCUGGCGCUGGACAAGGAGCUCUCUCGUGUUGAAUUUGGGUUCGACAGGCCCCUGCCUCCCCCGGUGGUGCGUGCCUUUGGUGCUAAGCUUGACUAUACGGAGGUCGAUGUUCCCAAGGACCGACGACAACCACACGACAAGGACAGCGAGCCUGUCGAUGCUGAACCAGUGCACGUCGCAGAGCCGCGUCAAAAAGAAGAAGCAAUUGCAGUAGUGGGCAUGUCGCUCAAGGUCGCAGGAGCCAACGACCUGGACGAGUUCCAGCAGAUGCUCAAGACCGGCCAGUCGCAGCACCAGCUCAUCACCGACGACCGGAUGACGCCCAACAUGAUGUUUCGUGACAAGGACGCCAGUCGGAAGUGGUAUGGGAACUUUGUGCGCGACCCAGACGCCUUCGACCACAAGUUCUUCAAGAAGAGCCCGCGCGAGUCCAUGGCGAUAGACCCCCAGGGCCGGCUGUCCCUCGAGGCCGCGUAUCAAGCUCUGGAGCAGUCUGGCUAUUUCAACGAGCUGGCCAUGACAAGCGCUGCUGAGCAGGAAAGGAAGAAGCACGUUGGUGUCUAUGUCGGGCUGUGCUCCUACGAGUACGAUUCCAACGUCCACUGCCAUCCCCCCAGCGCCUUCACGACGACGGGCGAGCUGCGCAGUUUUAUCCCCGGCCGCGUCUCGCAUUACUUUGGAUGGACGGGCCCGUCGUUGACCUUUGAUACCGCAUGCUCUUCGUCCACUGUCGCCCUCCACAAUGCCUGCAGGGACCUGCUGUCCGGCGAGGUCCCGGCCGCGCUGUGUGGUGGUGUCAAUGUCCUGACAAGCCUGCAGUGGACGCAGAACUUGGCCGCUGGCAGCUUCAUCAGCCCGACGGGCCAGUGCAAGCCCUUUGACUCUGGUGCAGAUGGGUAUUGCCGCGGCGACGGAAUUGCCUACGUCUUCCUGAAGAAGCUCUCAACCGCCGUGGCCGAUGGCAAUACCGUGCUAGGCACCAUUCGCUCGACAGGCGUCAACCAGAACCUCAACACCACGCCGCUCUUUGUCCCCAAUGUCCCGUCGCUGUCGACGCUCUUCAACGAGGUGAUUCGCAAGGCACGCGUCGACCCACGCGAGAUCUCGCUCGUCGAAUGCCACGGCACUGGCACGCCGGUGGGCGAUCCUGCUGAAUGGCAAAGCAUCCGGAAUGCCGUGGCCGGUCCGCGACGAGAUACGGUUCUGCCUAUUGGGUCGGCAAAGGGGCAUGUUGGCCAUACUGAAGGUGCAUCAGGCCUGGUCUCCCUGAUCAAGGUGCUGCUGAUGAUGCGAGGCAACUUCAUCCCGCCACAGGCCAGCUUCAACACCAUGAACCCCGGGAUCCACGCUCAGCCCUCGGACAACAUGGAGGUCGUCACGGCCCUGCGCUCGUGGCCGGGAGCCCGCAAGGUGGCUCUGCUCAAUAACUACGGGGCCUGUGGAUCCAAUUCAAGCGCGAUCGUCGCUCACUCGGCGCAUAAGCCUGGCAAAGGCCCUUUGCCUGGGGCGCAACGACUCCCGUUUUGGAUCUCCGGCCUCGAUGCCCGCAGCAUCGCAGCGUACAGCACCGCACUGGCCCCGUACCUCCAGACCCAGUCGCAGGACCAGACGAGCCUCGCCGAUGUCUCGUUCAACAUGAAAUGGCAAUCGAACCCCGGUCUGUCGCAAGGAAUGAUCUUCAGCUGCAGCACCGUGGACGAGCUCCAGGCCAAACUCGCCCAGGCAGCUAGGGCUACCAAGGACACAGCCCUAAGUGUCGGCAUUGCGCCGGUGAAGCCUGAGCGCCCCGUCAUUCUGUGCUUCGGAGGCCAGGUCUCGACAUUCAUUGCCCUGGAUCGCGCGGUAUAUGAAGGCGCAUCAGUGUUCAGACACCAUCUGGACACCUGCAAUGCCGCCAUCACGUCUCACGGCCUGCAGAGUAUCUAUCCCGAUAUAUUCUCUAGCGAGCCAUAUCAGGAUACGAUCAAGCUCCAGACAGCUCUCUUUGCGGUGCAAUAUGCCUCGGCCAGGGCCUGGAUGGACUGUGGGAUCGCCGACAAGGUGGUCUCGGUGGUGGGCCACAGCUUUGGGGAAAUCACAGCCCUCUGUGUUGCAGGCGUGCUGAGUCUGGAGGACACGGUCCAGUUAAUCGCCGGUCGAGCCAGGCUGGUGCAGACUGCUUGGGGGCCUGACUCCGGCUCCAUGAUGGCCAUCGAGGCCGACGAAGCCGUGGUGCAAGCUCUGCUGCAGGAAUCCAACGCGAAAUCCGACGGGACCGCAGGCAUCGCAUGCUACAACGGCCCUCGCAGCUUCACCGUGGCUGGAUCAACCAGGGCCAUUGACGCAUUCGCCGCCACGCUGCCAGGAAAGGAGGUCAAGAGCAAGCGUCUCAACGUCACCAAUGCCUUCCACUCGGCCUUGGUAGAGGGCAUCGUCGAACGUCUAGGGGAGGUUGGCAAGAGAGCCAGCUUCCAUGACGCCGUCAUCCCGAUAGAACGAGCCACCGAGCAUGGCGCCGACUCUGAAUCCACGCUGGACUGGACGUUUGUUGGCUCGCACAUGCGCCAGCCGGUCUUCUUCCACCAUGCUGUCCAGCGACUCGCAGCGAAGCAUCCCGAGGCUAUCUUCCUGGAAGCUGGGUCCAACUCGACCAUCACCGUCAUGGCAUCGCGCGCCCUUGCCAGCCCGCAGUCCCAGUCGCAGUCGAAGUCGACGCACCACUUCCAGUCCAUCGCCAUCACCAACACCAGCAAGGGCAUCGACAGGCUCACCGAUGCAACAGUCGACCUCUGGAAACAGGGCCUACGCGUGUCUUUCUGGGCACAUCAUCGCCUCCAGAAGGACGAGUAUGCGCAGCUCCUCUUGCCGCCUUAUCAGUUCGAAAAGACACGGCACUGGCUCGAGCUGAAGUCGCCAGUCGAGCAAGCCCUGAAGAUUGCUCAAGUCCAGGACGAAACCAAGACUCAGCAGGAGCACGCCAACCCGACGUCUCUCGACAUGUGGACCUUCCUAGGCUUUCAGGAGCACAAGAAGAAGUCCAAGCUGGCUCGAUUCCGCAUCAAUACCUCCUCAGACAAGUACCAGCGUCUCUUCGCAACCCACUUCAUCGCAAAGACAGCGCCCAUUGCCCCAGCCACGCUCGAGAUCGACAUAGCCAUCGAAGCCCUCUUCAGUCUCAAUCCGGAAUGGAGACGUGGUGGUUUCUCGCCGACCAUCCGCGACAUGCUCAGUCACUCGCCCAUGUGCGCGGACUCCACGCGCGAGUACUUGCUCGACCUGGAGUCUCGAAAUGCAGCAGAGACGGAAUGGAAUUGGACUAUUCACAGCACAUCUUCCUCUUCUUCUCCAGACAAGCACGCUGAGGGCCGCAUCACCAUGAACUCACCAUCCGACCCAGCCGCGCUGCAGGAAUUCGGACGCUGGAAGCGCACUGUCACAUACGCGCAGUGCCAGGCUGUUCUGGCAUUAGGUCCACACGAUGAAGGCGUGGAGGCCCUGCAGGGGCGCAACGUGUACCGGGCCUUUGAAGACGUCGUCGACUUGGGGCCUGUAUACCGCGGCGUGAAGUACAUCGUGGGCGUGGGCCAGGAGAAAGGGGAAGAGAAGGGGGAAGGGGAGUGUGUGAGUGCAGGAAUCGUGCAUAAACAACACUCCGGUGAUACCUGGCUAGACGUCCCCAGGGCAGACUGCUACGGCCAGAUUGCAGGCAUGUACGUUAACCUGCUGACGGACAUUCCUGGGAGUGAUAUGUUUGUUGCCACCGGGCUGGAGCUGGUGAUGCGCUCGCCAGAUCAGACUGUGUCUGUGACGGAUGGCCGGGAGAAUGGUUCAGGCAUCUGGCAUGUCCUCGCUCGCCACGCACGUCAGGGCGAAAAGGCCUACGUGACUGAUAUCUUUGUCUUUGAUGCUGAGACGGGGGCGCUGGCGGAGGUCAUCCUGGGCCUGCAAUAUGUCCGCGUCCCCAAGGCCACAAUGAGCAAGAUCCUGGCGCGAGUGACGACGGACAAGUCGUUUGUACGAAGCACUGCAGCGUCUCUGCCGCCUCAUCCUCAUCCUCGUGGCGAGCCUCUCACUGCUACUGCUACUGCUGCUACCAAACCGGCACCUCCCAAAGCAACCAAUAUCGCAAACAAAGUAUGCAACGUGGUUGCCAACGUUUCCGGCAUCGAAGCCAGCGAAUUGAGCCUCGACAGCGAAAUGGCCGACUUGGGCAUUGAUUCCCUGAUGGCCAUGGAAGUGGCGCGCGAGAUGGAGACCACAUUCCACUGCACCCUCGACAGCACCGAGACAAUGGUCGCCACCAGCAUUCGCGACUUUGCUGCCUGCGUGUCGAGUGCGUUGGCGAGGGCUGGUCAAGACGCUGGCGGUGACGGUGAUGGUGACGGUGGCUCGUCCAGCACCGAGAGCGAUUCUGUGCUUUCGGACUGGGGUCAGGACACCGACUCUGAUAUCUCGACGCCGGAUGACGCCUCGGUCAUCACCAGCAAGAGUCACGAUCCGGUGAGUGGUCCACUCACCCCUGCGAUACAGGAUGUUGAUCGUGGCGAUGUAGCAGCCCGAGAGGCAGAGGCCCUGCGUCUAGUCGAAGCCUACACAGCCGGCUGGGAGUCGCCGGCUCUUAAAGACGCCAGCAACAGCACCAUCACUGGAUCUGGAGCUGGAGCUGUGGUGAUUGUGACAGGCGCAUCUGGCAGCCUGGGAUCGCACAUUGUCCAAGCCCUCGCCGAGCGCCCCGACGUCGCAAGUGUCGUCUGCAUCAACCGCGCCGCCAAGGAUACGCCCCCAGAGAGCCGACAAGAAGAAGCCCUCUCUUCCAGAGGCAUAACACUGUCGCCGACUGCCCGUGAGAAACUGCAUGUAUACGGGACCGACACGUCAAAGACCCAUCUCGGUCUCUCGAACCAGGAAUACACCUGGCUCGCCCAGCACGGCACGCACAUCAUCCACAACGCAUGGCCCAUGAGCGCUACACGGCCACUCAAGGCUUUCGAGCCCCAACUCCAGGUAAUGCGGAACCUGCUGGAUCUGGCGCGCGACAUGGCCCUGGAAGACGGGCCGCGCAGAAUCGGAUUCCAGUUUAUCUCUUCGAUUGGCGUGACGGGGUUUUCGGACAAAUCUCCCAUCCUCGAGCAGCCCAUGGCAAUGGCCGCGGCGAUACCCAGUGGCUAUAACGAGGCCAAGUGGGCGUGCGAGCGCAUGUUGGCCGACACGCUGCGCCGCCACCCGCGGGUUUUCAGGGCAAUGAUGGCCCGGCCAGGCCAGGUUUCUGGAUCGACAGCAAGUGGGUUCUGGAAUCCGGUCGAGCACUUUGCGUUUGUUGUGAAGAGUGCGCAUGCGCUGAAGCUGUUUCCUGAUCUGCAGGGCGUGCUGCAUUGGUUGCCUGUGGACAAAUCUGCCGGCGUCAUGGUGGAUCUGCUCAAUAUCGGCGCUGAAGAAGAAGACUCAGGAGAGGUGUACCCGGUCUAUCACGUCGAUAACCCUGUUGGCCAGUCGUGGAAGGAAAUGGUGCUGGUUCUGGCGGCGUCUCUGGAUAUCCCAGCCCACGGCAUCGUUCCCUUUAGGGAGUGGAUCCGGCGAGUUCGUGAAUCGUCGCUACCACCGGCGCAGAAUCCGGCGUCCAUGGGGCUUGGGUUCCUUGAGAGUCAUUUUGAACGCAUGGCUUGCGGUGGGAUCGUGCUGGACACGCAGCAUGCAAAGGAGCACUCGAAAACUAUGGCCGCACAAGGGCCGGUGAGUGCUGAGGUUGUUCGGUCGUAUGUCUCGUCUUGGAAGGCGAUGGGGUUUCUUCAUUAA